CCACCAAGAUGCUAAGUCCCUUGGACACUAUUAUGCACUCCUAGUCCAUGACGCAGUGCCCCGCCAUUCCCGCCAAGCCAUUCCCAUGCCCACGCCGCGGCGUCGCAAAAAAAUGUGCGAUUGGGAGAGGCGAGAACCACACUCGGUUAUUCAGCAGCGCCGCCCAACACCUCGCACGCGAAACACGUAUCGCGUUUGUCAACCACGCGCCAAUCCGUUAUGGGCAGGGUCCUCGCCCAACCCAUGCCUAUCCCUUCCGCACCUCGUGCCUAGCCCGCUCCCAACCGCACGCCAUGCAAGGGCCACUAGGAAUCGCCCACGCAGCCCUGCCUGCCAGCGCCAAGCUCCACUCCAUUCCACGAACUCUCUUCCGCUCUCCCGCUCUCCCGCUCUCCUGCUCUCCCGCUCUCCCGCUCGCCCGCGCUCCCGCUCUCCCGCACUCCCGCUCUUCCGGUCUCCCUCUCGCCCGCGCUCCCACUUUCCCGCUCUCCCGCGCUCCUGCUCUCCCGCUCUCCCGCUCUCCCGCUCUCCCGCUCUCCCGCUCUCCCGCUCGCCCAUGCUCCCGCUCUCCCACUCUCCCGCUCUCCCGCUCUCCCGCUCUCCUGCUCUCCCGCUCUCCAGCGCUCCCGCUCUCCCGUUCGCCCGCGCUCCUGAACUCCCGCUCGCCCGCACUCCCAAUCUCCCGUUCUCCUGCUCUCCCACUCUCCCACUCUCCCGCUCUCCCACGUUCCCGCUCUCCUGCUCGCCUCUUCCCCUGCUGCAUCCCACCCCCUUUUCCCAUUCUCACCCUUCGUCUCCCAUGCUCCCUCUCCGUCUCCCAUGCUCCCUCCCCGUCUCCCAUGCUCCCUCCCCGUCUCCCAUGCUCCCUCCCCGUCUCCCAUGCUCACCCCCCUUCCCCCAUGCCCUCACCCCUUGCCCUCACCCCUUGCCCUCACCCCGUCUCCCAUGCUUACCCCCCUUCUCCCAUGCUCCCUCCCCCUCUCCCAUGCUCACCCCCCUACUCCCGGGAUCGCUCCCCGUCUCCCAUGCUCAACCCCCUACUACCAGGAUCGCUCCCCGUCUCCCAUGCUCACCCCCCGUCUCCCGUGCUCCCUCCCCGUCUCCCAUGCUCACCCCCCGUCCCCCGUGCCCUCAACCUGUGCCCUCACCCCGUCUCCCAUGCUUACCCCCCUUCUCCCAUACUCCCUCCCCUUCUCCCAUCCCCUCCCCCCUUCGCCCAUGCUCUCACCCCGUCUCCCAUGCUCACCCUUCUCCCAUACUCUCUCCCCGUCUGCCAUGCUCACCCCCCUUCUUCCAUGCUCCCUCCCCGUCUCCCAUGAUCACCCCCCUUCUCCCAUGCUCCCUCCCCCUCUCCCAUCCCCUACCCCCUUCGCCCAUGCUCACAACCCGUCUCCCAUGCUCACCCCCCUUCCCCCAUGCUCCCUCCCCGUCUCCCAUGUUCACCCCCCUUCUCCCAUGCUCCCUCCCCUUCUCUCAUGCUCCCUCCCCGUCUCCCAUGCUCACUCCCCUUCCCCCGUGCCCUCACCCCGUCUCCCAUGCUUACCCCCGUUCUCCCAUGCUCCCUCCCCGUCUCCCAUGAUCACCCCUCUUCUCCCAUGCCCAAACCCCCUCUCCCAUGCUCACUCCCUUCUCCCAUGCUCCCUCCUCUUCUCCCAUGCUCCCUCCCCGUCUCCCAUGCUCACUCCCCUUCCCCCAUGCCCUCACCCUGUCUCCCAUGCUUACCCCCCUUCUCCCAUGCUCCCUCCCUGUCUCCCAUGAUCACCCCCCUUCUCCCAUGCUCCCUCCCCCUCUCCCAUCCCCUACCCCCUUUGCCCAUGCUCACACCCCGUCUCCCAUGCUCACCCCCCUUCCCCCAUGCUCCCUCCCCAUCUCCCAUGCUCACCCCUCUUCUCUAAUGCUCCCUCCCCUUCUCCCAUGCUCCCUCCCCGUCUCCCAUGCUCACUCCCCUUCCCCCGUGCCCUCACCCCCAUGCUUACCCCGUUCUCCCAUGCUCCCUCCCCCUAUCUCAUGCUCACCCCUCUUCUCCUAUGCCCUAACCCCCUCUCCCAGGCUCACCCCCCUUCUCCCAUGCUCCCUCCUCUUCUCCCAUGCUCCCUCCCCGUCUCCCAUGCUCACUCCCCUUCCCCCGUGCCCUCACCCCGUCUCCCAUGCUUACCCCCUUCUCCCAUGCUCCCUCCCCGUCUCCCAUGAUCACCCCUCUUCUCCCAUGCUCCCUCCGCAUCUCUCAUGCUCACCCCCCUUCUCCCAUGCUCCCUCCCCCUCUCCCAUGCUCACCCCCCUUCUCCCAUGCCCUAACCCCCUCUCCCAUGCUCACCCCCCUUCUCCCAUGCUCCCUCCCCGUCUCCCAUGCUUCAUCCCCACCUCAUGCAUCAUCCCCACUGCAUGCUUCAUCCCCCCCCAUGCUGCAUCCCACCCCAUGCUGCGCCUCACCCCAUGCUGUAUCCUACCCCAUGCUGCAUCCCACCCCAUGCUGCAUCCCACCCCAUGCUGCAUCCCCCCCCUGCUGCAUCCCCUCUCUUGCUGCAUCCCUCCCCUGCUGCAUCCCCUCUCUUGCUGCAUCCCACCCCUGCUGCACCAUCCUAUUGCAGCAGCACUCUCGUGCUUUCCUCCCAUUCACCACGCUGCCUCCAACCCUAUUGCACAGGGUGAACCUCUGGCCCCUUUAUGGUGCCGCACUUACAUGUCAUGCCUCGCACGCAACUCCCCCGCUCUAUCCUCCAGGUCAAUGCCAUCCCGCACUCGUCUCGCUUGUUUAUCCGACUUCCACAAGUUGCACUGGGUGCAACUUUGGUGGUUGGUCGUUGGGUGGGCUGUUGGAGUUAUGAGGCAUGAUGGUUGUAGAAAUUCGGGAAGAGUGCACCCUAUAAAUAAAGGUUACAAGGAACUAGGUCUGUGUCCAGUGUGCUCAUUGUCGUUGUUUUAUAUAAUAAAGUUGGACCCACCAA